GUCAUCAAUUUCCGGUGUCCGACAUUUUGGAAAUAAACAAGUGCUUGCCAACCCACCGAUUGCAGAGAGGUUUUGCCUGAGAAAGAUUGAACUGCCCUCACUGCCUCAUGAUGUGGAACUACUGUUGGGCUCACAAUGCCUAUCACCUCAUCCGUUGGUUUCCUCAAAAUAAUCGGGUCAAAAUAUUUAUCGUAAUGAUGGUGAUCACAUUUGCCCUGUUGGUGCCCCAGUUCUAUGUCCUCCUACAGCCUACAACAGCCCGUUGGUGUGAACAGCCUCUACUUCAAAUUCUCAUCGUGUCCAUCAUCUUCACGUUUAUUUCUAUUGGUUUUACCUUCCUGUUCAUGUUGAUGAUUCCGGUCCCUCGGGAGUUGAAGAUUGUGUUCCACAUUUUUGGGAUCAUGUGUUUUGUGGAAGGCUUGGUAGCUGUUGUGUAUACCUCUCAAGCUGGUAACUGUAAAUCUACCACAGAGGAGUUGUAUUACAUAUCUCUGGCCAUUGCCUGGUUCACCUGCGUCUCCAUAAUAUUUUUCGCGAUCAUGAUACCAUUCUGGAUUAUCAACAAGGUGAAACGGAACAGCAUGGUCGACCGUCGCUCGAGGCAGGGAGUCUGCUAUGAACCUGUCAAGUGUUGCACAUGUCUGUGGCAUAUCUGAUGGGCUAGUAACAAGAAGGGUGCUUUCCAUUACACAGGUUGAACCGGUCAGAUCAUUUAUAACUGAAACAGUACUCAUGGAAUCAGUGGUGAACCGAAUCAGUAGAUGGAUGUUAGUUUUAUAAACACUUGUGUGUAACAGUCCCUGCUGCCGAGGGUCAAGGAUUUGACUGUUCCCCCAGUACCAAUGAAACAAAUGAUUUAUUACCUGACUCUAUUAAGAAACUUCCUGAAUUGUGCGAGUUAGGAUAAAUUCUUCAUUACUGCAGCUUUUGUCGAUCAUAACACCUUUCUCUGCACAGCAUUUAUCCAAAAUAUUCACAGCUCCCGUAUUGACGUUUUUUGUACUAAAAGAGUCCUUAUUUUCCAUAAGCAAUUCCAAAUCUUGCUCAGAAACAUCCUCAAAGCUGCCGUUAUUUGCCAUUUUCACCAGACGACAACAAACAAAUCUGUAUCAAAAAGACGCUUGAGUGGGGCCGCCGACGGGGAAAUUGUCUGCGCACGAUUGUCGCGCAUGCAACAGUAAGUGUGCAAAAGUCGACUGUUGCACCCUGACAUUAUUUUACGGGUUUUCAGUCUUUUCCAGAGAAUUUUUUAUUAAAACAGUCAAAAAUACUUCAUAUACACUUAAAUAGAGAGUCAGGUAAUAAUUAUACCUGUUGCUGACCGGCUCAGGAACUUGUGGCAGGAAACCUGUUGCUUUGUUACUGAAGAUCAUGUUAAUUAUAUCUAUAUAUAUAUUUUUGCUAACAUUAUAAUUUGUAAUUCAACUUUUCCAGGACACUUGAUGAAUUUUUAAAAGAUCAGUAAAAAAAACUACUCCCUUAUAUAUCCUGUCAUAAGCCCAUAGGACCAGCUCAUAAUCUGACUCAAAGUAGGGGGUGGGCUUUUAAAAGGACAAUGAAAUUGUCUUGGUUUGCAUUUCUACUUGCCUGCAAUAGAUAUGCGUGGACUUGUUACCAGGCAUGAGCUUAUUGACGGAUAAAUAUUUGGAAUUAUUUAAAAUUGAGUGAUUUACUUGAGCAAUAUGUACAUGUAAAUUCUUGGUGGAAAUUACGCAAAAAUAUAUCUGGAAAAAAUGCAAAUUACAUGUGUAGGUUGUUGUAGGACUUUUUGUAUCUAUUUAUACCUUUGCUGUUGAUCAGCUUCUAAUUCAUUUGAAAACAAUCUGGCUUUUCGUUGAUCGAUAACCAGAAAUAUGUAUAUACCUAACCUAAUCAUGUAAAGUUAAUAACCAUUUAUAUGAUAAACCGUCCAUUUCAUUGUCAAUUGUUGCAUUAAAUAUUUUUUUAUUGUCAUUGUUUAAAAUUAACCUGGAACGCAAUUCAGUAUAUAUGCAUUUGGGCAUGACUUUGUACAAUUUUUUUCAUCAUUAUAUUUAAACUGAAAUGCUUGUGAUUCUUUAAUAAUAGGUAGAACAUUUUACAUCCUUAUCGCUAGCAAGACAAAAAUUACUUAUAUACAAAGUAUAAAUAUCACUUAUUUACGAUAGGUACCAGUAACCAGGUGUUUUCUGCCUAUAUAUUAAGGCCCGAUUUAAAAAACCCAUUCCCAAUUGUGUAUGUUCUGUAAUUUUCCAAAUAAAGUCUGAAAAAUUUCAAGUGAUAUUUAUAUCAUCUGUGGUACCUUCACAAUACCUGUUGAUAUUCCGUCCAAAGCUAUUUUUUCUGAUUAGACAUUAAAUUUAAUAUCUCUGCUGGAUUUAUAAUUGUUAGGUUAAUACUGGCGUAGGUGUUCAUAUAAUGCAACCCUUUCUUUUAUUGUUAAGUGUUCCAAACAGUUCGUUGAUCCUUUCUGAUUUAUGGAGGGAUCUAUGUGAACAGUGUGCCUUUACUUGGGGUUGUCAAUAAUUGUAUGUAACAUUGUAUAAACAGUUUGUAUUUUAUUCUUCACAGUUUCCAUUAUUUGAUCUUCGUCAUAAAAUUAAGGGGAGUUUUCCCCCAAAAAUAGUUUUCCUGUAAAAUUGUGUAAGAAAACAUCUCUUUACCAUACAUACAUUUACUUUCCAGGUGAUAUAUCUGUACUGUACAUGUUAAUUUAGAAUUCACAUUUAAGCCUGGUUCACAGCAAUAGCAAUAGCUUUGUUUCACUAUAUUGCUGAUGUUGCAACUCUUUUUGUGUGCUGUUGAAUGUUAUUAAUCAGAAACACAUGAUUCCACAACUUGCAUAAAAGAAAUUCAUUAUAAUAAUAAUAAACUUUAUUUAUUGAGGAUACAAAACCUGUUUAGCAAAGCUAAUCUUCCACAGGGU